AUUCCGAAGUCUCCAUCUAGAUAUCUAUUGUUAGUGACUCUCGCAGCACUAGUACACUCUAAACUUUCGACUGACUUGACUGAUAGCAACGAACAUGGAUAUCAUAAACCUCGUCGGACUCAUACUCACAGUUAUCGACCUCCUCAUCACUGUUGCCAACCUUGUCCAAAUACAUCGCCGAAAUGCCCUCGUUCGUUCGGUCGAUAGUGAGACUGUGAGGGUGGGAGACGGUCGCUUCCCCCAUCAGAUGCAAGUCGAGGCGUUCUUAUACUUCCUCAGCACAUACUCCAGUGGAAGUAACAAGAAAGAGAAUGAAGGAGAGAACCCCUCCACGAGUGAUGAUUGUGCGAGAGACUUCGAGCGGAUAGAGAAAUUAUUGGGUGACGCAGUGCUCACGAAGACUGAGAAGAUGACUGGUUGGGAGCAAGGCGAAUAGGACUCAAUGCUUAGCUGUGCAUGUAUUCAGCCAAUAUUCUAAUAUAAACCAUUCAAUAGUACAGUAAUAACGUGCUCGUUAUCUCGCGAGCUGUUGCUUAG